AAGGCCCAAAGUUCGAAAAAAAUGGACGGCCUCGUCUUCACUCCUUCCGCGGCGCCCCACGCCACGCGCGCUCCGUGCGCUGUGCACGCUGCGCUCCAUGGCACGCCCUCCGUGCGCCCCGGUGCCGGUGGGGCAGCCUUCGGCGCCGUGAGCGGCCUGGUGGCGGCCCUGGUGGCUUCUCAGAUGGCCAAGCCGCGAUCUGUGCGUCCGCGCCGCGUGAAGCACGUGUGCAUGGCGGUGCCGACGGAAAAGCCCAUGCGCACGACCGUCUUCACCAAAGCCGCCUUGGACGGCGUCUCCCCAGGCGAUUGCCCCUUCACCCAUGGGGUGCUCAUGGCUUUGAAGCUGAAAGGUGUGGACUAUGACGUGGUGGCGUGCAGCCCAACCACGAAGCCUCCAUGGCUCCUUCAAGAGGUCGGUGGUCAGAUGCCAUGUGUGGUGCACCAAGGGGUUGCUCACGUGGAGAGCGGGAAGAUCUUGAAGUGGAUCGACCAAACCUUCCCCGGCCCCACCUUGGCGGUGCCUUCGGAUUUUGAGGAGCUUGUCAGCCGUGCGGGGCUCUUCGCAGCCAUUGCAGAGUACACCAAGAACACCGACAGCAGCAAGGACGCCGACCUGCUGGUGACUUUGCAGAUGGCCCUGACGCGCUUCCGCAUGCACUUGUUCUCCUUGCCCAUCGGCACCCAAUAUGCCUGUGGCAACGCUCUAACCUUGGCAGACUGCGAAUUGCUCCCGGCACUCUACGUGCUGCAGAAUGCCACCGCCCCGCUGAAAGGAUGGAGUCUGAAUAAUUUGCCCGAGAGCGACGAAAUUCGGCAGUACUACAACCGAGCCUCGACUUUACCUGCCUUCGCGCAAACUUGCUAUCCUCCGAAUGUGGCGCUCCAGGGCUGGACAGCCGCGAGAAGUUGAGGUCUGUGAGGCUGCUUUGGCCUGCCUCCGGCCUCGAAUCUUUUUGAGUCGAAAGUGACCGAAGAAAUGGAUUCCACGGAUGGUUGUUUCAAGUGUGCUUUCCAAGUUAGGG